UUCCUCCUCCUCCUCCUCCCCCCCCUUCCUCAGAGCCCUCGGAGCUCGGCGGCCUCACGGGAUCUUUCGAGAAGUCCUCAUCCUUCCCCUCCCCCUUUCCCUCCCUUUUUUUCCCCCCCUUUCCCUCCCCCCUUUUCCCCUCAGGAAGGCGGCCCAAACCCGCUCCCUUCUCCCCCUUUUCCCCCCCUUUUUCCCCUCAGGAUCGCGGCCCAAACCCGCUCCCUUCUCCCCCCUUUUCCCCCUCAGGAACGCGGCUCAAUCCCGCGCCCUUUUCCCCUCAGGAGGCGGCGGAGCGCAGCCCAACCCCGCGCCCUUCUUUCCCCCUUUCCCCCUUCCCCUUUUAACCUCUCCCUUCCCCUUUUACCCCUCGUAAACCUCUCCCGGCGCCGAAAUGUCGGUGGUCGGCAUCGAUUUAGGGUUUCAGAGCUGUUACGUGGCUGUAGCCCGAGCCGGAGGGAUCGAGACCAUCGCCAACGAGUACAGCGAUCGCAGCACACCAUCAUGCAUCUCCUUUGGGCCCAAGAAUCGCUCCAUUGGGGCUGCAGCUAAAAGCCAGGUUAUUUCAAAUGCAAAGAAUACAGUACAAAGUUUUAAAAGGUUUCAUGGUCGUGCAUUCUCAGAUCCCUUUGUUCAAGCUGAAAAAGCAAGCCUUGCCUAUGAACUUGUCCAGCUGCCAACAGGCUCAACUGGCAUCAAGGCCAUGUACAUGGAAGAGGAAAGAAACUUUACAAUUGAGCAGGUGACAGGGAUGCUGCUCACCAAACUCAAAGAGACUGCUGAGAAUGCACUCAAGAAGCCUGUGGUUGACUGUGUUGUUUCUGUCCCCUGUUUCUACACAGAUGCAGAAAGGAGGUCUGUGAUGGAUGCUACCCAGAUUGCUGGGCUCAACUGUCUGAGGCUGAUCAAUGAAACCACUGCAGUUGCCCUUGCCUAUGGAAUCUAUAAGCAAGACCUUCCUGCCUUGGAGGAGAAGCCCCGGAACGUUGUGUUUGUGGACAUGGGGCACUCUGCCUAUCAGGUUUCUGUCUGUGCAUUCAACAAAGGGAAGCUGAAGGUUCUUGCCACAUCAUUUGAUCCAACACUGGGAGGCAGGAAGUUUGAUGAGGUGCUGGUGGAAUAUUUUUGUGAAGAAUUUGGCAAGAAGUACAAACUGGACAUCAAGUCCAAGAUCAGGGCCCUGCUGAGGCUCUACCAGGAGUGUGAAAAACUGAAGAAACUGAUGAGUGCAAAUGCCUCUGAUCUGCCAAUGAACAUUGAGUGCUUCAUGAAUGACAUUGAUGUCUCUGGGACAAUGAACAGGAGCAAAUUCCUGGAGAUGUGUGAAGGGCUCCUGGGCAGAGUUGAACCUCCCCUCCGCAGCGUGCUGGAGCAGGCCAAGCUGAAGAAGGAGGAUAUUUAUGCAGUGGAGAUAGUUGGUGGCACCACGAGGAUCCCUGCUGUAAAAGAGAAGAUCAGUAAAUUCUUUGGCAAAGAAGUCAGCACAACUCUGAAUGCAGAUGAGGCUGUUGCACGAGGCUGUGCACUGCAGUGUGCAAUUCUGUCCCCAGCCUUCAAAGUGAGAGAGUUCUCCAUCACAGAUCUGAUUCUCUACCCCAUUUCCUUAAGAUGGAAUUCACCAGCAGAGGAUGGGCUAAGUGACUGUGAGGUCUUCCCCAAGAACCAUCCUGCUCCCUUUUCCAAGGUGCUCACGUUCUACAGGAAGGAGCCCUUCACCCUUGAGGCAUAUUACAGUUCUCCCAAGGAGCUGCCUUACCCUGAUCCUGCUAUAGCUCAGUUCCUGGUGCAGAAGGUCACACCUCAGACUGAUGGAUCCAGCUCAAAGGUGAAGGUCAAAGUCAGAGUAAACAUCCACGGGAUCUUCAGUGUUUCAAGUGCAUCUUUAGUGGAGGUUCAUAAGUCUGAGGAGAAUGAGGAGCCAAUGGAAACAGAUCAGCAUGGGAAAGAGGAAGAGAAGAUGCAGGUGGACCAGGAGGAGCACCAAAAGGCUGAAGAGCAGCAGCAGCCCCAGCCUGACAGCAAAGCAGAGUCUGAAGAAAUGGAGACUUCUCAGGCUGACUCCAAAGACAAGAAAGUGGAUCAGCCACCUCAAGCCAAGAAGGCCAAAGUCAAGACCACCACAGUGGACCUGCCCAUUGAGAACCAGCUGGUGUGGCAGAUAGGGAGGGAUAUGCUGAACCUGUUCAUUGAGAAUGAGGGUAAAAUGAUCAUGCAGGAUAAGCUGGAGAAAGAGAGGAAUGAUGCCAAGAAUGCAGUGGAAGAAUAUGUGUAUGAUAUGAGAGACAAACUCUGUGGCAUUUAUGAGAAGUUUGUGGGUGAAGAGGAUCGAAACAGCUUCACCCUGAAGCUGGAGGACACAGAGAACUGGCUUUAUGAAGAUGGGGAAGACCAACCCAAGCAGAUCUACAUUGAUAAACUGACAGAGCUGAAGGCUCUGGGUCAACCUAUUCAAGCAAGAUUUCAGGAAUCAGAGGAAAGACCAAAAGCAUUUGAGGACUUGGGGAAGCAAAUUCAGCAGUACAUGAAAGCUGUCCAGGCAUUCAAAGCAAAGGAUGAGCAGUAUGACCACCUGGAUGAGGCAGAGGUGGCAAAAGUGGAGAAGAGUGCAAAUGAAGCAAUGGAGUGGAUGAACAAUAAACUGAAUCUCCAGAACAAGAGAAGCCUCACUCUGGACCCCGUUGUGAAAGCUAAAGACAUCCAAGCUAAAACUAAAGAGCUGACAGGUAUCUGCAACCCCAUUGUCACAAAACCCAAACCCAGAGUGGAGCUCCCCAAGGAGGAGCAGAAAGCAGCUGAACCCAACGGACCAGUGGAGGGCCAGGGAGAGGCCCCCGAGGCUGCUGAGCCCCCUGCCCCUGAGAAGAAGCUCCCUGAGAUGGACAUUGACUGAAUUCCAGCACUUGUUUAUAUUAAUUAUUAUUAUUAUUAAUUAUUAUUAUUGCAAACUUACAAUAAAGCUUUAAGUUGUCAGCUUCGUACGUUCUGAAUCCCACCUGGAGCCCCCCCAGCGUUUUUGGGGCAUUUCUGGAGAGGUUUGGUGAGUGCCUGGGGUCAGAACACGGGGGCAGCUUCACUCCUCCCACCAGCAGCCACAAUUUUCCUGCUGUUCAGACUGAAUUGACCAUUUCUGGGUGUUCUCACCAGGCCUGCAGGAACACCCAGAAGCAGCUGCUCCAUGUUCCAUGCCCAGGGGGAGUCUGACUUCAGGGGAGCAGCCUCUGGGAGCUGUUUGCUCCCUGUCUGUCCCCUUUCAGUGCCCCUCACCCCCUUUUCCCUCUGCUCCCCUCCUCCAGCUUUAGCUCCUGCCCUGGUUUGCACUUCCCCAGCUCCCCCUCACACCAGGUUUGCUGGGGUCCUGUUUUGGGGUGUGUGGGACAGGAGCUGAGCCCCAGGUGCCCCAGAGCUCUGUUCCUGACCACCCCCUGCCUGCCCAGAGCCUGGGGGGUUCCUCUCUCUCUGCUUCAAGCAGCAGCUCCCAGAAAAUGAGGAGGAUUUGGUAUUUCAGCUGCAAUUCUGACUUUUUAACUCUUCCUGCAGGGGCUUUGCUUGCUGCUACGAGGCCUUCAUUGGAAUGCUUGGGGUUUGGCUGGGGUUUUUUUUCUGUUUUUCCCCAGAAAAAGAAACACUUGACUGAUUUGGCUAUUUUUAUUAUUUCUCUGAGCUUUAUACAAUGAUUUGUCACUGAACUUGCAGCCCUGACUUUGUCUGUGUUAAAAACCCAAAGCUGAGCCCCUGCUGCCCCUCAGACAUUGCAAGAAAUAAAUGCACUGGAUUCUACUGGA